AGUUUGCGGCCAUAAAAAUGUUUGACCAGAAAAUCGGUGGACAACACAAACAAUUAACAACAACAACAACAUAACAGUUGUCGCCGAAGUCAUCGCCGAAGUUGACGGACGGACAACAACAACGAAAACAACAAGAAUAGCGGGAAAUGUUUUAUUCAACGGUCAUAUCAAUACUGCGGGCGAUCAUUGUUUCGGCAAUACUGUUGGCGGUCACCGUUGCCUCAGCCGCAGCCGCCGCCGGACGCGAUUUGUCCGCUGUUGGCGUCGCCGCCGUCGACAACAAUCACUGUUAUCGGCAAUCGCGAUGUCGGCCGCUGCACACUGGCCAGUGUCUUGACGUUACGUUGCCGUACAAGUUGACUACUGCCGGCGUACCGGCGCCGGGACUCUGGGAUCUAAAUAGCAAUGGCGGUGGUGGUGGCGGUGGUGAUGCCGACCGCGAAUUGGUCGGCCAUCGGGACAUUCACGACUACCUGAGCCGCUGGAAAGGCCUACGAUCGGUACCCCAGUGCUGGAAAGCCCUACAGUCGGUACUGUGCGCUACUUUUUUUCCGCGUUGCGACAACGAUACUGGUCGGGUAUCGUUGCCUACGCGGGAAAUGUGUCGACUAACCCGACAUCCGUGUCGACUACUAGAACGUCAUCAUCAUUGGCCCGAAUUUUUGCGAUGCGAUAACGAGACGCUGUUUCCCGGCCGUUGCAAAAACGAUUAUACCGAUCUGAAGUUUCACGCCGCACCCGGCGUCCAGCCGGCCCGUUGCGCUCUACCGCUGGUCAAUACCGACGACCACAAUAUCUGGUAUCCGGAAAUCGAAGGCUGCGCCGUCCAGUGUCUGAAUCCGAUGUUUACAGCGGACGAUCGACGCCGGGUGGCCACUGUUGUCUACUAUGGUUCGCUGGCCGGUUCGCUGGCCACUGCAUUCGUUGUGAUUACGUUCGUAAUCGAUUGGCGAUCCUCAAGCCGAUGGCCAGCGUUGAUCAUAUUCUAUCUGAAUCUAUGUCUGUUCGCCCAUUACGCCGGUUGGUUGAUGCAGUCGGCCCUACACGACGGUCAUCGUGUAAUUUCUUGCCGACCGGACAACACGACCCGAUACGGCGAACCGGGAAAUUCCCCAGAAAAUCACUAUUGUUUGCUAACGUUUUUUCUGACCUACUAUUCGGCAAUGGCCGCACUCGUCUGGUACGCCAAUCUGGCCUACGCUUGGGAUCUAUUGUAUCGGACGUCCAGUACAUCUACUCAUAGGGUUGCCGUCAACUCGAAGGUGGCCUACUUUCAUUUGACCGCAUGGUCAGUACCGUUAAUGUUGACCAUAACCAUACUGGCGCUGGGAGAGGUUGACGGCGACUCAUUGCGCGGUAUAUGCUUUGUCGGCGUCCAGAAGCCGAUCAUACGAUUUUGUUUUGUAUUAAUACCGUUAACCGUUUCGGUGGCCAUCGGCUGCUACUAUCUGAUACGUGCAAUGAUUACGCUGGUCAGAGUCAAACUGGCCAUCAAAUCGCAUAACAGUAUCGAUCUGAGAAAGAACAAGAAGAUCGAGCGCAUGGUUUUGCGGAUCGUUAUCUUCAUGUUGUCGGCGUGGAUGGCCGUCGCUAUCACUUAUGUCUAUCAUAUCUAUGAGUUUGUACAUCAAAAUCAAUGGAAGGAAUCGCUCAACGAAUAUAUUCUUUGUACGCUUAACCUGAAGGCAGCACUCAAUCCGUACGAUGAGUUGUCGACUUCAGCCAAUACUAUAGCCGAUGAUCUCAGCGCCGCCGACAACAUCGACACCACUGGCGUCCAAAAGUGCAAACUUGUCGAACGGCCUAAUCUUGUCUACAUAUAUCUGCAACUGAUCGCCAUAUUCGCUAUCGGACUGGUUUCGAGUUCGUGGGUAUGGACGGCCAAUUCGUUGUCUGGUUGGCGACGAUUUUUGAAUCGCCGGUUGAGGCCCGAUCAUCGCCGCACGUCACCGAUGCGCGUCAAACCGGACGAAAUAAUCAGUAAAACCUAUCGCAAUCGCCAUCAUCUGAGUCAGGGCGGCUAUAUGCCCAGCUUUCAUUCGAUGCAUUCGGAUCCGGUGGCCAUGAAUCUGAAUUCGGCGGCCAGUCAAGAGCUGUCGGCCACCUGGGCCGGUGCGUUGCCCACUUUUGUCCAUCGUAGGGGCGCACUGGGCCACAACGAUCCGCAUAUAUCGGCCCAACAGCAACAGAAUCAUUAUUUGUCGAAUUUUUCGGGCACCCGUCAACACUCGUCCAACUCGGACGUCAGCCAACAACGAUCAUACGAUUCCUAUAGACGAUCGCUUGACUCGCAGUACAGUCUGGAACAGUUGGAAAUGGUAGCAAUGGAUCGACAUCAGCGACGAAAGACGCGAAAAGAACGGGAAAAACUAUUGAAAAAGUCGAAUCCCUAUCACAUUCGCGGCCGACGCGGUAGCGACACAUCCGGUAGUAUCGUAUCGACUGCACUGAUGGCUCGCGACGUAUUUCGGCGAGCCGUAGCCAAGUCCGAGUGCAAGAGCACCAGCACUGGCGAUCUGAUCCAAUUGGAUCGCAACACAGCAGCAGCGGCGGCGGCCGCCGUCGCCGCUGCCGUUACUAUGCCGUCACAUCCGGCUAUGACUCAUCACCCGAUCCAUCCGUUUAUGACAUCACCGAUUUGUUCGCCAAACUCAUUGCCGCCGCUAAUGUCCGCAGCGUCACAUUUCCUGCCGUUUAUGCCGCCACUGAUACGACCAGUGCGUCCACCGACGGCAGCCACCACCAGCACCACUGCUGGUCAACAACAAUCUACGAGCUUUACUUUCACACACGGAAUGUCCGAUCAGUCGUCUCAACUGAUAAAUCCAUUACUGGAAAAACGCCGUCCGGACAGCUGUCAGCCGCCGAUGACAGCCAGUGGACACCAUUUUGUCACAACGCAAAACAGCGGCACCGGCGGUAACAACAGUGCUAUUACAGUACAGCCGACACUGAAUACGACGCCAAACGGCACUCAAACACUGAUGCAAAAUCUAGCGGUUCCCUCAGCGGCUAACUAUGGUCUCACUUAUAUGAAUGGUCUGACUAGUGGUGGCGGACUGACACCGUAUUUUGCGGCGGCCAACUAUUUUGGCCAUUCAUUGAAUCCGCUUUAUGGCAAUCCGAUGACUGCCGCGGCCGCCGCUGCAGCUGCUGGACAAUCGCAAGCACCGACAGCAGCGGCAAACUUUCUAGGAUUACCGUACGGUGCGUCACCGUUGCCGUCGGCGUUUCAAUAUCCUCCGGCACCGUAUACACCGUAUUCGACAAUACCUACGGCUGCUGCUACCACUGCGGCGGCGGCUGCCCAACAGUGCGCCAAUCUUCAGGAGCUGCAGACACUGAUGCGCGAACGCGAAGCCUAUCUACAGCUGAUUCGGCCGAUGGACAGCGGCAGCGAACUCGAAGACAGUUUUCUGCCAAUACAGUUGUCCGAUUCGGAGGGCAUCUAUUCGCCGGAUCCGAUGUCCCGUAACGAAGGUCUGAUGACUGCCCAGCAAAUAGUCGACCAACACAUCCAACGAGUCGAAGCACAGGCCGAGGCUAGCGGUGCGGGUACUAGUGGUGGUGGUGGUGGUGGCCAUCAUUUUGCCGGCGAAACUACUACCACCGACUCUGAGGUCAAACAGAUUACUAUGUCGUCGUCAAUUGUCGGCGCACUGGGCGGCCAUGAGUUGGAAGAGUUGCACAAGAAUUUGGGCGACAAUUAUGUGAAUAGCAAAUCAAAUGGCGUCCAUAAAAGUGAUUCAACGAAACAACGAAAACAUAAGAAAUCGUCGAAGAAGUCGUCGAAGAAGCAAAAGUCGUCACAAAACAGUUGUAAUAAUAAUAAUAACAAUAAGACUAUCAGUGCUUUAAUUGACACUAAAACUACUUCGACAGCGACAACAACAACAACAACAAUGACAACAGCAAACGAUAACGACAUCAAUGGUAACGAAGAAUCUGAAGAGCAAAAGCCAUUAAUGGACGGCCAAUCAAAUGAUUAAUAAUCAUAAAACUUGGAUUAAUUAAUAAUAAUAAUAAUAAUACUCUAAUAAUAAUAUGAUUUUUUUGUAUUGAAAUAUAUUUGUGCACUAAAUCUGUGAUAAAUUUG